AUGUGCGAAAACACAAUUAAUCAGGGCUAUAACCAAAAAAAUGCCCAGUUCUGGGCAUGCAUCAACGACCACUUCACCUGUUGGACCCCGGACUUGAAACAACACAUUUGCACCAUUUGCAACUACACAACCCAUUUCAAAGUGCUUUUCCAAACCCAUGACCACUCAAACCCCAGGCUACACCCACCAGAACCGCUGAAGACUUACACUUGUGAUAAAUGUAACUUCCAAACUCACUCUAUCUUGUUUCUCAUGACACACAACCAAAGAAACAGCUGUAAAAGUGCAAAUUCCAAGCAACGAACUAUCACUGUGUAUAAAUGCAAACAGUGCUCUUUCACAUCUCCAUACACCCUGAAACAGAAGUACAACAUCCAAAAACACGUCGAAAACGUCCACCGCGUACGUUUCGACGACACCAAAUGGGAGAAAUUAGAUAUGAGUAUAAGAAAACAAACGUUUGAGUCGUGCGAGCUUUGUUCCUACACUUGUAAACCCGGAUACUUGAGGCGCCACAUCAACUCCAAACAUUGCCCCGUGAACGUUGCAUUGUUCAAGUGCUUCGAGUGCAAAUAUAUGACGAAACGGAAAUACAACCUCGAUAGACACUUUCAAGCAAAACACAGCUCUUCAGACAACGUCAACUGGUUCAAAUGUGAGUCGUGCGCGUUCAAAGGACGCACCCGGCAAGCUCUAAAGGAGCACGAAGUGACCCACGACACCUCCGACUCAAUCCAGUGGAUUGAAUGUGAUCAGUGUCCUUUCAAAACAAAAUUGAAAAAACGCCUCCAAAAACACAUUAACAUCAAACACCCACACCCUGACUCGAUCAAGUGGGUGAAAUGUGAACUGUGCCCGUACAAAGCCAAGUAUAUGAACCUUCUCCGAAGCCACGUCGUCUGCAAACACGCUAACGCGAAGCCCCAUUUCAAGUGCGAUUUCUGCCCCUUUCGAGCGGUUCAACAGAAGUCGUUAACGCACCAUAUGAAAAUUAAACAUUUGAAGGAAAAACUACCGAUUGGUGAUAAAUGGUUUCAUUGUGAACACUGCCCGUUUAAAACCAAGUGGUGUACGAGUUUGAAGGGUCACGUCGUUUCGAAUCAUACAGACUUGAAGGACAUCGAGUGGUUUUACUGUGACAAGUGCGAAUAUAAAGCGAAGAGGAAGAACGAGCUGAGGAAACAUUUGAGGUUCCAACACACCGAUCCGAUUAAUGUUGUUUGGAUGCAGUGCGAACUGUGCGAUUUUAUUACUAAGAGGAAGUGUAAUUUGGACGACCACGUUAAAGCUAAACAUACGGAGAAAAAAGAUUUGGAGAUGUUGGUGUGCGAGUGGUGCGAUUACUCGACGGCGUUCCGGUAUGCGCUGAAGAAGCAUAUGAAUAAUAGACACUCAGGGGAAACACCAAGAAGCAAGGACUGUUAG